UACACCCGCUCAGAACCGACCGAACCCGCACAUCAGGCGCACCCACGGUCAUACAGGUAUCCCCGCAACGUCACUGCCGUGGCCAAAAGUUAUUCUAGGUGUCUAUGCUGGGAUUUUGAGAGAACUUACGUGGACUUGGCAGGGUCUAAAAGGUGAAAGAAUGAUUAAUAAGAAGGAUGCUUUAUGGAUCGAGUCAGGCCGGACGUACUGGACGCUGUUUUGUCUCUGCGUUCUCGUGCCUCUCCCAGCGCGCGCAGAAAUCACUUGCGCCUCGUGUUUCGCACCAAUACGGAGGAACGAAGAAGCGCUCGUGGAGGCAAAAGUCAAGCCAAGCCGCGAUUUUGGAAGUGUACAGGACGGCAGCACUGAUAAGAAUUGGAUACAGGCACUUGAUGGAGCUCAACUUUCUCCUGAAGCGCAUAGAAAGUCUUCUUCAGUGUCCCGGAGAGAGAAACCGGAGAACGCACACAAAUCCAGUGCGGAACGGACUGGACAAAAAGGCGGAAAAGUUUAUCCAACAUGGUCUUCAGAGGAAGUAAAAGUAAACAGGAGGGAAAAGCGCAGUAUGUUUCCGUCUGACCACUCGCCCGGGUCUCGGUUCGAGUUCAGGCGUACUGGAGGAGUUGACGGGAUCGGGAAGAGUCCGAGGCAGAAUGAACCACACCUGAUCACGUCCACCUUUGCGCUGUCCGGAGAUUCGGCUCACAAUCAGGCCAUGGUGCUCUGGUCCGGACACAACAGCAGCGUGAUCCUGAUUCUGACAAAACUGUUCGACUUUAACUUGGGAACCGUGACUGAGAGUUCACUUUGGAGGUCAGUAGAUUUCGGGACGACGUACGAGAAGCUGACGGAUAAAGUGAUGAUCAGAACGAUGCUGAGCUAUCUGUACGUCUGUCCGACCAAUAAGAGAAAGAUCCUGAUUUUAUCCGAUCCGGAGGUGGAAAGUAGUUUACUUAUCAGUUCUGACGAAGGAGCCUCGUUUCAAAAGUUCAAUAUUAACUUCUACAUCAUGAGUCUUCUGUUUCACCCUACGCAGGAGAAUUGGAUACUGGCCUAUAGCCACGAUCAGAGGCUCUACAGCUCUGUGGACUUCGGGAAGAAGUGGAUUCUUGUUCACGAGCGAGUAACUCCAGGGCGAUUUUACUGGGCGCUGAGUGGUCUGGAUAAAGAGGCAGACCUGGUGCACAUCGAGGCUCGAACUGACAGCGGACAAAUGCAGUAUAUUACCUGCCGAGCACAAAAGUGUUCAGAGGAGGGUAGGCAGUAUCCAUUCAGUGGCCGAAUUGACACCAACUCACUUGUGGUGCAGGACCAAUACAUCUUCUUACAGCUAACUACAGCAGGAAGAACUACAUACUUUGUGUCCUAUCAACGAGGGCCCUUUAGGACCAUACAGCUCCCUAAAUACUGUCUGCCCAAAGACAUGCACAUUGUCAGUACAGAUGAGGGCCAAGUGUUGGCAGCCGUGCAGGAGUGGAACGAAAAUGACACCUACAGUCUGUACAUCUCUGACACACCUGGUGUCUACUUCACCCGCUCGCUCCCAAACCUCAGAACAUCCCGCGGCCUCGCAGGAAACCUCAUCGUGGAUGUCUACAAGGUUUCAGGAAUUAGUGGGAUGAUAAUAGCCAAUAAGAAAGAAGACGCACAGAUGAGAACAUAUAUCACCUACAACAAAGGCCAGACAUGGAGUUUACUACAGCCUCCAGCCAAAGACACUACAGGACAUGAUGUCAACUGUAACCUGCCGUCGUGCUCCCUGCACCUUCACCUGCAGAUGUCUGAAAACCCCUACACACCUGACACUAUCUCCACCAAACAAUCCGCUCCAGGGAUUAUAGUGGCCACAGGUAACAUUGGACCAGAGCUUUCCUUCUCCAAUACAGCCAUGUUUAUCUCCUCUGAUGCCGGAAACACAUGGAGACAGAUUUUUGAAGAGGAGCACAGCGUCUGGUUUUUGGACCAUGGAGGGGCUUUAUUAGCUGUUACACAGUCUGCUGUACCCACACGGUAUUUAUGGAUUAGUCUGGAUGAAGGCCGCCAUUGGGACAAACUCAGCUUUUCGUCGACACCCUUAUUUGUCGAUGGGGUUUUGAUGACUCCAGAGACUGAAAAUCGCAUCAUUACAUUCUUCGGGCACUUUAGUUACCACUCGGACUGGCAGCUGAUAAAGAUUGACUACAGCUCCCUGUUUGGGCGGAAAUGCACAGACGGAGACUUUCAGACAUGGCACCUCCAUAACAAGGGUGAGGUGUGUGUGAUGGGAGAGAGACAGGUGUAUAUGAAGAGGAAGCCGGGCACGCGCUGCACUCUGGGUCGGGAGUAUUCUCGAGUCGUUUCAGCUGAGCCCUGCAUCUGCACCCUCUAUGACUUUGAGUGUGAUUAUGGGUUUGAGAGACAGACCAGUGGAAAAUGUGCACCUGCAUUUUGGUAUGAUGUCAAUUUACCGGCACACACCUGCAGUUAUGGACAGCGCUACCGCAACAGUACAGGGUACAGAAGAGUGAUGUUGAAUAACUGUAGAGAGGGUCUGAAGGAUACACUGAGUCCCAGAAUGCAACAGUGUAAACCCAUAGCACCCAGUGGCCUUCAACUGAGCACUGUUAACACACAACUCACUGCUGUACUGGGAACCAACAUCACCUUCAGAGUCGCAUUGCAAAAUGGUGACUCACUGUCGACCAGUCUCCAUGUGGACUUUGGAGAUGGCAUCUCGGUGUCAUACUCCAACAUAAGCCGGCUCGGUGACAGCAUCACACACACAUACAGGGUCGCUGGGAUAUUCAGGGUCACCGCACGUGCUCAGAACAGCCAGGGCUCUGACAGCAGCUCGCUCUAUCUGCACAUCACCAGUCCCGUGGAGCGUAUCUUUCUUUCGGCACCGGUGGUCGUGGCCAAAGGAAGAGAAGCCAACCUGACAGCAGUGUUGUGGCCCAGUCAACCCAGGACGGCCACCUUCUACUGGUGGUUCAAUAACAACACUGAGCCCCUGAUCACACUGGAAGGAAGCGUUUCACACACGUUCACGCGAGAAGGACUGAACCCUGUCACCGUACAGGUGUCGGCGGGAGGUACAGUCCUACAGGAUGUGAAAAUCAUCACCGUCAAAGACGUCUUCCGUUCUUUGCUGCUGUCGUUUUCUCCAAACCUGGAAGAGCACAACCCUUCUGUUGCCGAGUGGAGACAGGACGUGGGGCGUGUUGUCAGGGCAACGCUUGCUCAGGUCUGCAGCUUCCCUGAGGACCAGUUGUUGGUGUCUGUGUUUCCUGGAUCUCCAACUGCUGCUGAGCUCUUUAUCCUACCCGAGACCAACCAGUCAGCAUUCAGAUCACACACAGAGGAACAACUUAAUAAGAUGUCGGAGGUCUUCAUGAACGCUUUAAAUCAGAACCUGAUCCAGUUUGAUCUGAAGCCUGACACGCGGGUCACUGUGUCUUUGUCUCAGCUCACACUGGCACCUCUGGUGGACUCCAGUGUUUUGCCCAGUGGCUCUGCCAUGCUCUUACUGGUUUCUCUGGGCCUGUUGGGAUUGGCCAUUCUCUUCAUCUACAAGUUCAAACGUAAGAUUCCUUGGAUCCACGUUGAGACAGAAGACAGCCAUGAGAAAGAGCCUGAGAUGAUCAGCGCUGUCGGACAGGAGAAGAACGGCACACGUGCAACAGCCACUUCCUUCACGUCGUGCAGUGCACACACCACACACACACCGUGUCCAUUAAACACAGGAACACACAACAGCUUCAGUCAUCUGCCACCGCCCAGAGAACUGAUGGAGAAAGAGCUGGAGGCUCACAGCACAGGCGGCCUUGGGGCUGGAGAACACUUAAGGACCAGACAAAUUCCAAACUGCACCAAUGUCUGAAAUGAUGAAGGAAGGUUUGAUGAUGAAACAUCAGUUGUAUUAGAUGUAUACUUAUAAAGUUUUUUAUGAAGGGAUAGUACACCCAAAGAUUUAUUCAUCCUCAGGCUAUUUAAGGUAAAACACUAGAGAAGAUUUUUAGCUGUAGCUUAAUAAUUCAUAAAAAGUAAGUCAACUGUUACUGACAAUCUGAGAGUAUGUAUAUACAGGCAAAUCAAAACUAACAUGUGGCUCCUGGUGAUACAUUGAGCUCUUAUUAAGCAAAACUGAGCAUUAUUUGCAACAUUAUUGUCUUUAAUCCACAUCCUCUGCAAACAAAAUGCAUAAGGCUGAAAAUAUAAAAGAUAAUACUGUAAAUAAUGUUUAGUUUCAGUUCAGACUGCGUAAUUUUAGCCCUGAUUUUAACUCACUGACAGGUUUUGAGAAAUUGCAGACAAAUGCCUGAAAUCACAGGCAAAUCGGUGCUCAUUCAUGUGAGUAACAAUCACACAGUGUGAACUAUCAAAGACACGAUGUGAGAAUCGCAGAUGAGUCGCUGACACCCGUCAGACAUUUGGCAUGUUAAAUGGAGCUGUCGAUUCAAAUUAAGUCGUGUGAAAUGUGUUCUGAUUGAAAAUAAAAUCAGCGAUUACCUACAGCCAAUGAGAGAGCAGCAUCCACUAGUAUGGGUAUCUGCAAGCCAGCGAGAGGAUGGGGAGAAGUUAAAAGUACUUCUUUUCAGUCUAUUUGGACCCAAGAAAUGGAGGAAAAACUAGUGGAAAUUUGGCAGGAGCACCCAUGUUUGUUUGACAUGUCCUCUGAGUAAUACCACAACCGGGUCGAAAAAGAAAACCGUGACCUCGUGUUGUUUCCAUGUCACUUCUCGCGUGUGUUUGGUUGCGAGACAAAGUUUGUGGACCAAGACAACGUUGUCGGCGAUUGUCCUACUGUAAAGUCAUGCAGUGUGUAACCUUCUACCAAUCCAUCUUGCAGAGCCAAUACAGCAGCGACGGACGAUACACCAGAUAGUCAUGCAAUGUGAAAACAUCUGUGACGCGACUACUUAAAAAUCAGCAGUCUGAACUGAAAGAUUACACAGAAUGAUCAUAAGACCUUAAUGCAUGAGCCAUGGGUAUUAAUUUUGUUUUGCCUGGAUUUUUUUUUUCUAUCUUGUGUUCUACUAGAGAAAAAAACUAAGAUCUUGGUUGCCUGAGGUAAAUAAAUUGACAGUAUUUUUUCAUUUUGGAGUGAACUAUCCCUUUAGAUAUUUCUGUAAUGUGGUACUUAUGCCUUUAUAUUAUUGUGGUGUUUUACAUUUGCUCUCUUUAAAUGAACAAUUCCUUAAGUGUUAAUGAAGGUAUUAUUGUUAACGGGUGUAAAUUAAUUUCUAUCAAGAACUGUAAGAUUAUAUCAUAUUAGCACUUAAGGAGUAUUUAUUUUUCACCUGUAAUCUUUCCUAAAGGAAUAGUCCAAAAAUGACAAAUUUGCUCAAACAUUUUGCAAUCUAGUGUAUAGGAGAGAUUUCACUAAAACACUAUUUGAGAGGGAAACUAAAAAAAUCAACACAGGCUCAUUCUGAAAACGUAGCCCUAAAAACAUUUCUGGAGAUCACAAAUUAUGUAGCCAGAAGUACGUAUGGCUGCAUUUUGUCUUUAAAACGAACACUACGAGGCAGUAUGACGCCGUUCCUUUUCCUGCUUACAAAGCUGACCGCUUUUCUGCUGUUACCAGUUUGUCCAGUUAGCUCGCCAUGUACGUCGGCGGACUUGAGAUGCAGAGAGGAGUUGACCAUGAUAAUGGGGUUCGAGUCUGGCGAAGAACGGUUCCAGAAAGCAGUUAAGACAAAAACAGAAGUCAAAAAAUUUAAUAAACAAGUAAAUAACAUGGUGAGAAUGUGGUAAAAUGUGGUAAAAAUCAGACGAGGGUUUUCUUUUUCAGAAUUGUUUUUUAAAACUGUCGGUUGGGUUUACGGAAGUGGGUGGGCGAUGGUCAAUCUGUGCUUUUGAAAACACUAUUGGUUCGGUUUAGGGAAGAAGGAAGGUAGGUCAGUCGAUCAGUCAGUCAGUCAACAGCAGCCUCUGGUGAAUUCGCAAAAACAAAAACUGCAAAAAAAAAAACUACCUCCUGGGACAUAUUUGGCACUCUCCAGAAAUGUAUAAAUUAGUAUGUUUUCAGAAUGUGCCUGGGUUGAAGAAAAAAUAACCCAGCGGUGACCUUUAUAUCAAAUAUACAUAUCGAUUUGGCGUCAAAACCUUGACAUCAAUUUGACAUCCACACUAGGGUUGAACAAUAUGUAACUUCAGAUGCCGUGUGUGUAUCUGCAAUAGUCAUAUCGCAGGAUUAGAUUAUUUAUUAAAGAUUAAAUUAUAAUAUUAUUAAUUUUUAUAAUUUUUUUAUUAU